AUGAACUUAUGUGUUAGGGUCAUACUGCUGUGUGUUGUAAUAACUUUUGCCGCUAGUGAUCAAGAUCAGAGAAAUUCAUCCGCUUACGACCUUGGGUCGUUUGACAUCCAGAGAUUUGGUUUAGAGCUACUUCUAGCUAAGUUGGAUAAUAUUCAGCAAACUCUUCUGGAACAACAUCAGUCUACACGCAAAGAGAUCUUUACUGCACUUCAUAGACUCGAACAUGCAAUUGGACACAAUUUGACCGAGCUCCAAGAGAGAUCGUUAAUGCAGACCACGUGUGUCACGCCGAAGCCUAAGCAUCCAAUCUACUCAUCGUGUAAGGAUGUACCAUCAAACGUCUCUGGAGUAUAUCUCAUCCGUUUGAACAGUAAAAGAGACCCGAUAAAAGUGUUUUGUGAACAAGAAAAAUUUGGUGGCGGAUGGAUUGUGGUUCAGCAUCGAUUUGACGGCUCAGUUGACUUUUAUCGUAACUGGACCGAAUACCGUGAUGGAUUUGGUGACCUGGACAAGGAGCACUGGCUCGGUCUGGAGAAAAUGCACCUGAUAUCGAAGGCGCGUGCACAUGAAUUGAUCGUAGAAUUAAAAGACUUCAGUGGCACCUACAAGUAUGCACGAUACAAUGCGUUUGAGGUUGGAAAUGAAAGUGAACAGUACAGCCUCAAAACCCUUGGAACGUACAGUGGCACUGCUGGAGAUUCUAUGGCAGGUAAUGCAGGGAUGAAGUUUAAAACGAUGGAUUCCACACGCGAUCGAAAUACUGUAAAUUGUGCUGAGCAUCAUGCAAGUGCCUGGUGGUAUAACUAUUGUACCUUUGCCAAUUUAAAUGGGCGGUACUCAAGGUUUAACAACGAUAAAUCAAUGUUCUGGUACCAUUUCAAAGGGAAUCAUGAAGGUUUGUGCUUCUCAAGAAUGAUGAUUCGUCAACUGAAUUAG